ACGACGUGACCUUACAUGGCGAUUGGAGGUCGAGGCCACUGAACUAGAUCUCGAAGAGAGAAAACAUCACAAAUCAAGACAUAAUCUGUGAAAGUACUCUUAUUUGGACUACUCUAGAGACUUUAUACUUUUCUUGAGUUGCUGAUUCGUGAGUUCGGGCAGUGUUUGUAUGGCACCAUGAGUGAGCUGAAAUCAUUUCUCUACAGCUUCCUAGGGAAGAAGAAGUUAACUCCCGAUUAUGACAUUCGCAACUCUGGUCCAAAACAUCGCCAGAGAUUUCUCUGUGAGGUUCGUGUUCCGACGUAUUCUUACGUUGGCAUCGGCAACUCUACCAGCAAGAAAGACUCUCAGGCAAAUGCCGCAAAGGACUUUCUCAAUUUCCUGGUCCGGAGUGGGGAGCUGAAUAGCAAAGAUGUCCCACUCUUGGAUGCUCCUGUUGCAUCCAUGUCUAACGAAGGACCUUCAUCAUUGCCACCUGGGAUGUCAGCCCCUCAUCAGGCUUUUGGAAUGGGUGGAGGCCCAGGAGACAUGGGAGGAGGAGGAGGUGGGGAACAUGGAGGGAGAGAUAGUCACGAUGGGAGUAUGCCUUCAUAUCAGAGGAGUUUCUUCGAGAGGCAAGGUGACAAACGAAAACUAGAAGAGGCUGAGGGAGCAGACAUGAAUGCAGGUAUCCAUGGCAACUGGACAAUUAGCAACGCUAAGUCCCGCCUCCAUCAGUUCCUUCAGACCAAUCGCAUACAAGCUGAUUAUAAGUAUACACCUGUAGGUCAGGAUCACAACAGGUCCUUUUAUGCUGAAAUGUCCAUCUAUCUUGCAUCAAAGCGACGCACAAUCCAUGCCCGAGAGCAAGGUUCUAAUAAGAAGACGGCAUCGGUGUCCUGCGCUCUCUCAUUGACUCGACAGCUCUACCAUCUAAAGGAGAUUGAAGCAUUCACUGGAGAACGUAAAGCAAAGAAAGCUGACUCGCUGGAACCUUAUGAUGUGUUGCUGAACAAAGAUGUUGAAGAAAGGCUGACCAAUGUCCUGUUUGAACUGAAUCUUAGCACAGUCCCACCCUCACCCAAUCCUGAAGAGGUCGUGUCGAUCAGCGGGGAUACUGCCAACCAAGUUUUUGACAAUCCUGAAGGACCAAGAGGUUGUUCUGGAGUCUCCUGGUCUCCUCCCAUGAACAACUGGAACCCAUGGCUUAACUGCAAUAUCGAUGAAGGGCCCAUUGCUCAUAUGUCUCUUGAGCAGAUAGGUGCAGAGCUUGAACGAGAACAUCAAGGCCAGCAACAGAAUCCUGAAUUUAGAAAGAUCCAAGAUGACCGGCAGUCUCUACCCAUCUUCCAAUCGGAGAGGGAGAUCUUGAAUGCCAUAGACCACAACUCUGUAGUGGUCAUCCGAGGGAAUACAGGAUGCGGUAAGACCACUCAGGUGCCACAGUUCAUCCUUGACAGCUACAUCCGCUCAGGAAGAGGAGCAGAGUGCAAUAUAGCUAUCACUCAGCCUCGCCGUAUCAGCGCCAUCUCCAUCGCUGAGCGUGUUGCAUAUGAACGUAACGAGCCUCUGGGUGUCAGUGCUGGAUACUCUGUUCGUUUCGACACUGUGAGGCCCCGCCCCCUUGGAGCCAUGCUCUUCAUGACUGUAGGCACAUUAUUGAGGAAGCUGGAAGCAGGUCUACGUGGUAUUUCUCAUGUUGUUGUUGAUGAAAUUCACGAGAGAGAUCUCAAUACGGAUUUCCUGUUGGUGGUACUGAGAGACAUGUUGAAAGCCAACCCUGGGAUGAGGAUCAUUCUCAUGUCUGCUACCAUCGACACCACCAUGUUCAGUCAUUACUUCAUGGACUGCCCCGUCAUAGAGGUCUUUGGGAGAGCUCACCCUGUUCAAGAGUACUACCUAGAGGAUGUUGUUCAGAUGCUAGGCUUUGUUCCCAGGCUUGAUAACAGAAGAAAGAGGAGGGACGAGGAGGAUGAUGAUGGAGAAGGGGAGGAGAAUAUGAACAAGACUAUUAGCAACGAGUAUUCAGAGCAGACUAGACGAGCCCUCAUGCAGAUGAGUGAGAAAGAGAUGAACUUUGACCUCAUUGAGAACCUUCUAACCUACAUUGGUACGUUGGGUGUUCCUGGAGCUAUUCUCUUCUUUCUGCCUGGCUGGAACUGGAUCUUUGCCCUCAUGAGACAUCUCCAAGAACAUCCUAAAUUUGGUGGGCGUGAUUUCUGCAUCCUUCCACUCCACUCUCAGAUUCCAAAGGAAGAACAGCAUCGAGUCUUUGAUACCAUGCCAGAGGGAGUAACCAAGAUCAUCCUAUCAACCAACAUUGCCGAGACCAGUAUCACCAUCAAUGAUGUCGUCUAUGUGGUGGAUAUCUGCAAAGCCAAGAUGAAGCUGUUCACAUCCCAUAACAACAUGACUAACUAUGCCAUUGUCUGGGCAUCCAAGACCAACCUUGAACAGCGAAGAGGUCGAGCUGGAAGAGUUCGGCCAGGCUUCUGCUUCCAUCUCGUCAGUCGUCCAAGGUUUGAAAAGUUGGAGCAGCACACCGUUCCAGAGAUCUUCCGGACACCCCUUCAUGAACUGGCCCUCACCAUCAAACUCCUCCGACUGGGUACCAUUGCAGAGUUCUUGGGCAAAGCCAUUGAACCACCCCCGCUUGACUCGGUGGUAGAAGCGGUAGCAGCUCUGAAGGAGAUGCAUGCAUUAGACCAUCAGGAAGAGCUCACUCCAGUAGGGCGUAUCUUGGCUAAGAUGCCCAUCGAACCACGUCUUGGAAAAAUGAUAAUCCUUGGCUGUGUUCUUUUUGUUGGUGAUGCGAUGACGAUCAUUGCCAGUAGCAUGUGCUUCCCGGAGAUCUUCAUCACGUUCGCAGGCAAGGUCAGUAACGUCCAUCGUAACUACUGCCGUAUGAGACACAGUGAUCACAUAGCAACGCUUGCUGCAUUCCAGGAGUGGGAGGAACAGUUGCAAUCUGGAGAGGAUACUGCCAUGAACUACUGUGAUCAUAAAGGAUUGCAGAUGAUGACUCUGAGGAUGAUCUAUGAAGCAAGGAAUCAGCUUAAAGACAUCCUGGUGAUGGAAGGAUUCCCAGAAGAAUGCCUCGCCCCUCAGAUCUUCAAUUUCCAAGCCCCUGACCCAAAGCUGGACAUUGUAGUGUCUUUGCUAACCAUGGGACUCUGGCCAAACGUCUGCUUUCACAAGGAGAAGAGGAAGCUUCUGACCACAGAGAACAAGGCUGCUCUCAUCCACAAGUCAUCGGUCAACUACUCCAAGUUUGAACAGAACUUCCCUUCUCCGUUCUUUGUCUUUGGUGAAAAGAUCCGAACCCGAGCUGUAUCAGCUAAGGGUAUGACGAUGGUAACUCCUCUCCAUCUCCUUCUGUUUGGAGCACGCAAGGUGGAAUCUUGUGAUGGUAUCAUCAAGCUGGAUGACUGGGUCCAACUGAGGAUGUACCACGAAGCAGCAGCUAAGGUAGUAGCCCUUCAUCCUGCCAUCGAGUCUCUUAUCUUCAACAUGACCUCCAACCCAGACUCGGUGACCACACCGUCUCCUCAGGAUGAGAUGCUAAUCAACAUCAUCAGAGCGCUCUCAAAACCCAACGCCGGUGUCUUCGGAAGCUUCGACUCUGGGGACAACAUGGGACCUAGUGGUGCCAAGAGAGGACGAUUCUCCUUUUCCUCGCCUGCUGGAGGACAGGGAGGUUUCAGAGGUGGCCGUGGAGGCGGUGGCUUCGGUGGUGGUGGUCGAGGUGGCUUUGGCGGUGGUGGUCGCGGAGGAUUCGGCGGCGGUGGCGGCGGCUUCAGAGGAGGAAGAGGGUUUGGAGGAGGAGGACGAGGAUUCGGUGGUGGCGGUGGUAGACGAAGUUGGAACCGAGAGGGAGGAGGAGGUGGCUUCCGGGGAGGACGUGGAUAUGGAGGAGGCGGCAGCGGUGGCUUUGGAGGGGGAAGGGGAGGUGGAUUCGGCGGCGGUGGGGGCUUUGGAGGCAGAGACAGAGGUAGUGACUUCGGUGGUGAUGGUGGGAAUGAUUUUGGCCGAGGAGGUGGCUCUGCUGGCAGUGGAGGCGGGUUCGGAGGUGGCGGCCGAGGAGGCUUUGGGCGCGGUGGAGGAGGAGGAGGAUUUGGUGGAAGGGGAGGUGGGUUUGGAGGGGGUAAUGAUGGAAAUGGUGGAGGAGGAUUUGGUGGAAGAGGAGGUGGGUCUGGAGGAAGUAAUGGUGGAGGAGGAUUCGGUGGAAGGGGAGGUGGGUUUGGAGGGGGUAAUGAUGGAAAUGGUGGGGGAGGAUCAGGCUCUGGUGAUGGCGGAAGUUUUGGGGCUGAAGGAGGCUGGGGUAGUGCCUCCUAAAUGACACAGAUUCCAUCUACAGACGAUGAUGAUGAUGAUGAUGAUGAUGUCAUUUGUUGUAAUGUAAACAGGGAUUGUAGAUGACUUUAUACGUACUGGUAGUCAUGUUUAUUGAGGUUUCUUUCAUUGUGAUCUGGUGAUGGGAUAUGCCAUAUCCUGUUCAAGGCUUCUUGGGAAUGUGGAUUAUUGUGCAGGUAUUUCUAGCUUGCACGCGGUAAAAAGAGGUCACGCAAUCAAGCUCUAAUGCUCGUGUUCCAAUUGAACAUGAGAUUUUGUGUACUGUGUACACGCCAGAAAUGCCUUCACAGUUAAAGUCUGCAACCAUGACUGUACUAUCUGUGGCUCACCUCUAUGAAUUUAGGCUGUGUAUGUAAUUUGUGUAUUGAAUGAACUUCAAGUGUAACAAUGUGUUAUAUGGUACUUAUUACAUUCUAGAAAGAUAAGGUUACUGAUUCCAACAGAAUUGGCCAUCAGUGUGGAAUAUUAACCAUGUUCUCCCCGGGAGUUGGCAUUUUUAUUACUGAAUAGAUUAUCAGUCAAUACAAUAAAUUGCACAUUUUAUAGGCUUAUUUUUGCCCCAGAGGCAUUCUAAGAUAUGAUUUGCUGUUUAUCAGAAAUUAAUUUCAAUUAAAUUUAUGGGGAUUUAUAUAUGCUUCAGAUUAUUUCCUAUUUGAGUAUCAUGUCCAAAUAUCAUAUAAGAAUGAUAAAAAAGUCAUAUCAUGUAUUUUUGUAACCUUGAACCAUUCUGCUUUUUUAAAGAAAUUAGAUUUAACAUUUUAAAGGGAUGGUCCGGGCUGGAAGUAUUUAUAGCUAAAUAAAUAGAGUAGAAUUCACUGAGCAAAAUGCCAAAAAUUUCAUCAAAAUCGGAUAACAAAUAACAAAGUUAUUGAAUUUUAAAGUUAAGCAAUAUUUUGUGAAAACAGUCAUCAUGAAUAUUCAUUAGGUGGGCUGAUGAUUUCACAUCCCCACUUGUUCUUUUGUAUUUUAUUAUAUGAAAUUAGGUUUAUUCCAAUUUUUUCCUCCAAGAACUAGAAAAAUUGGAUGGACAACUGAUUUAGUGCAUUAGAUAUUUAUUGCUGCAACUUAUUUCAUUAUAAGGCAGACAUAUUAUUCACACAAGUAUGAAAUAAUGAAAAAAUUAUGAUUUUAUAUAAUAAGAUAAGAAAACGGAAAAUGGGGAUGUGACAUCAUCAGCCCACCUAAUAAAUAUUUAUUACGACUGUUUUCACAAAAUAUUGCUAAACUUUAAACUUCAAUAACUUUUUUAUUUGUUAUCCGAUUUUGAUGAAAUUAUCGGCAUUUUGCUCAGUGAAUUCUACUCUUAUGUGUUAAGAUAUAAAUAUUUCCAACCCGGACCAUCCCUUUAAGAUUCAUUUUUAAUUGCCAAAUCAUUUUCUCUGUUGCGUAUAAAAUUGGUUGAAUGUACAUGUAUGUAAAAAUCUAUCACAUAUGACAGGAAUAUCAUACCAUUUUUUUAAUAGUAUAUGUGGCAUAACUUACAGGGAAGAUUUAUCCAGUGAUUAGUUGGUUUUUAUUUUUUAUUUUUAUGAGAUAUUCCAUCAAGGCUUCGUUUUUAUGUAAAAACCCAUUAAAAAAUGAGAGUGUGAUUUUUUUGUUGUCAAUGUCUUAAUUUUUGAUAUGAUAUGUGGGUAGCUGCUCCAUAUAUGGUGUAAUAUGAAUUCCAUGAAUUUCCAUUUUUCAUGUUUAAGUCUUGUGUAAUUUCAGUAAACACCUCCACCUACCAAGAAUAUUCCUUGUUGCAUAUAAAUUUGUGAAGUAUUGUUCCAUCACAUCCAACAAUGUUUCAUCAGUUUGACAGUUGUUACUUAAAAACUAUAUUCAUGAAUAUGUCUUAUGAAUCUUGUCCUCUUCUUGUCUGUAUAGAAUGUAUUAUUAAGGCAAUGUGGCAUCCUUAUAGAAAGUUCACUUUAAAAAAAAAACCUGACAUUUUUUUCUUGGUAGUGGCUUCUAAUUGAAACCUAUUCUACAUGAAACUGCCAACAAAUACCAGUUGUAUUUUGAAAUUCACCUGUGAAUUGUCCGUGUACACCUGUUAAUCUUUAUCCAAAGACCAUUUCCAUGUGGCUUGGUAAUCUCGUUUUAUACAGGAUGCAUAUUCAAGUACAGUGUGGAAAUCUGGGGGGGGGGGUUCACAAAGAUUUAAGUAUGACUUCAGUCGCACUUAAAUGCCAAUGCGCAUCUGAAAUGCAACGCACAAUCUAAUUGAUCAAUACGCAGUAGUGCGCGUCCUCUUUGCAUGAUCUGACCAUUGCGGUAAUGCUUUUUAUACCGCACACAACUAGACGUUUAAGUGCCACUCUAAUUCAUACUUAAAUCGUUGUGGAACACCCCCCUGGUGUUGAACACUGGUGUUGGGUUUCAAAACAUGGAACAUAAGGGGUCUUUGUUAAUGCUCAAUUUUCACAUCAGUGGCAGUUGGUGCAUGAUCCAGCCACCUAAUGAGUUACAGAAACUCUGACUUGAGAUGGUGGUAGUGUGGAUUUGGGAUAAUUGCUUGCGCAGUAUGGCGUUGAAAUAAUGACCUUCCUCUGUAUAGUGUUGUCUUAGUGUUCCAGUCAAAUGUCUGCUUUGCAUUCAUGUUCAUGGAAUUUGCUUCAAACAUGAUGAUUAUUAUGUGAAUUAAAGAAUGAGGGUAGAAAACAAA